UGACAAUUGGUGUCAAAGAGAUCCCUGGAAGUGAUGUGCCGUUUGGCCGACUAUUUCGUUGUCAUCGGCUUUGAUGACCAGAAGCAGAGUCCAAGUAAUGGCAAAAUACUUCAGAGGUUUCCCCACAAGGAUUGGGAGGACUCGCCGUUCAUCGACUCCAUCGAAAUGUUCUGUCAACCGCUUCGAUGGCGUCUAUCAUCACAACGACAACAGCCGUCGUUCUUCAUGUUUGUCUUGACGGACAUCGACGCCAACCGACACUAUUGUGCGAGUCUUUCGUUCACUGAACCCAUUGCUGUCCACCCGACCAAACAAGACGACGAUGACAUCGACGACGAGUCCAUCACAUCGAUGGACGGCUCAACGACCGCCUUAUGCACUACCGGUGCUCAACACCACUCCAUCAUGUAUUCCACCAAAUGUCUGGUUCUGGUCUCGCAGCACAACUAUAGGGAAGCCUUAAAAAACUGCCUCACAAUCAUAUACACGGUUUAUAUCGAGAAUAUGGACGUGUCGUUGGAAGUGAUAGUAAGCAAUAUCCUCGCGUGCGUUGAUAUCCCACCGCCUGGCGGACCACAGAUACGAUUCUCAAUCGGUGCUAACGAUCGCCAGUUCCUUCAGCCGCCUCUAAGCCCUACCAUUCCUGUGACGGAAACGACAGUUUACAACCUGUUCGAGCAGUUGGGCAUCCAUUCAGUGGUGAAUCUGGUCUGUGCGGCCACUACUGAACACAAGAUUCUCUUCCAUUCGCGCUCUUUCUCUCGCCUAUCGGAUGCCUGUCUGGCGCUAACAGCUCUCAUGUAUCCCUUCGUCUACUGUCACAUCUACAUCCCUAUCCUCCCAUCCCCUCUCUUGGAAGUGCUGUCAACUCCCACACCAUUUCUGAUGGGCAUUCACUCAUCACUCAAGAAUGAA